AUGAUUUGGAAGGAGAUCAUCAGCAACAUCGCCUUGAGUUGCGUCAUCGGCGUGGCGUUGUUAUUGGUGAUUAUGGUCGUAUUUCUGUUCUUAUUGGUACUCUCAUUGACCUUUGAUUGUUGGUGGACUAUCGGUAAGUUGGCUAUAAAAACCCCUUUUUUUUGAUAGCAGUAGUAAUGAAGGAAGUCUUCAGACAUGGCAUUCAGAUUUUCUUACAUAUUUUGCACAUAGGUUCUGAACUAGCCACAAAUAAUUUAUAGAAAGAAGACCGUUGACAAUCUCGGUAUCCUCUGAAAAGGCUCAAACCUUCAAGGAAUAAUUUAAGACUAUUUAAGAACCCAUAUCCUUUCAAGAAAAUAUGAAUGCCCCACUUGAAAGACUUCCCUAAUAAUUUUGUCAUCUCAAACUUCGAAAGCAUGUUUCUUUUCGCCGCGAGCUCUACGCCAUUUCCCUUUUGAUCCUUGUUUUUCUCAUUAGCCUGUAAUGUUUGUCAAGACCAAUCAUCUUUUUUCGUUGGCAAUUAGAGUUCUACUAUACUUUUAGUAUUGAUAAACAAGGCUAAUGAAACCGACCCCCUACAACGAGUUUUUAGCCUUUUUGGACCUGUUAAACCAAGACAGUGAUAAACAAUUUAUCUAUUAUAACAACUUUAUCGCGUCACGACCUCGCGGAAAAUAAAGAGCCGUCGUAAAUUAAAUAACGCCCCUGCGGAAAAACAAACCAAAAUCUAAAAUGCCUAAACAGUAAUUAAAUCACCAUUCUUUAGAGUUCGUGUAAGCAAACAAUCUCAGCAGAAAAAUUUCGAAUUUUGUGAGGGGAAUUUAUAUUAUACAAGGCAGAAGUUAAUCAGAAACUACAAGGGGUUAGGGUGUUUCUGAAUUAAGAAACGCUUCAAAUUUUCUAAAACAGUAGUUUCAGGUCGAUUCUUCAAUAUCGAAGAGGAUACGCAGGGCCUUUUGGGAGUAGAGAACGAUCCCGACGCCAGGUUCCGACGCCCCUGGAUGAUUCGCCUACAGAACGGCAAGGUCCACACAGUCAAACCCACCAGCAUCUCGGACCUCGAAAUGGUCUAA